AUGGACAUUCCCCUAACAGCGGUUAGUACACCCAGCGGAAUGCUUUGGGAAUGGCUCGUGAUGCCGCAGGGGCUUAAGAACGCCCCUGCUACCUUCAACCGUAUGAUCUUGCACGUUCUGCAGCCAUUUCGAGACUUUGCGCCUAGCUAUUUCGACGAUAUCUUCGUACACAGCCGCGCCGCUGAAGGCGCGACGUACCAUGACGUUUAUUUGGGUCACCUCCGUAAGGUUUUCGAAGCUAUGCGUGCAAAUAAACUGUACGCGAAUCUGAAGAAGUGUGUUUUCUGCACUCUAGAGAUCCCUGUGCUAGGUUCCUACGUCAGCGCCAAAGGUGUUCGCGCUGACCCCGAGAAGGUCGCGUCGAUCUGCGCCUGGCCGGAGCCAACGAAUUCACAGCAAUUGCACUAA